GUGAAAACGUAUAGGUACUUGUAGUAUCAGUUCGAUUUUAUAUAUUUUAUUUGGCGUGGAAAAUCGGAAAAUAUCAAAACAUUAUGACUGAAUAUAAAGAGGCAAAAAAAUCGUACAAAUUCUUCAAAUAUGCUGAUCCAAAACCAGGAGAAGAAGUUGUUAUUUCCGGAUUAGCUGGUAGAUUUCCGGAAUCCAAUAAUGUCGAAGAAUUAAAAGAGAAUCUUUUCAACUGCAAAGAUUGUGUCACCAAUGACAAUUGUCGUUGGAAACUAGAUCAUCCAGAAAUUCCACAGCGAACUGGCAAAAUUAACAACAUUCAGAAAUUCGAUGCAUCAUUUUUUGGAAUACAUUUUAAGCAAGCUAAUACGAUGGAUCCUAUGACCAGAAUGAUGCUAGAACAUGUUUAUGAAGCUAUAGUAGAUGCUGGAAUUAACCCAGAAGACAUUCGUGGAAGAAGGGUAGGUGUAUUCAUAGGUACAUGUUUCUCCGAUUCCGAGGCAACUUGCCUUCACGGCAAAUUUCAGACAAAUGGAUUUGGUAUCACGAGCUGUAGCAGAGAUAUGAUGGCUCAAAAUAUUUCGUGUUGGUUGAAUGUAAUAGGACCAUCAUAUAUCGUCGAUACAGCGUGCAGUUCAAGUCUUUACGCGGUGGAACAUGCUUAUAGGGCUAUACAUAGUGGACAAUGCGAUUACGCGAUUGUCGGUGGAUCAAAUCUUUGCCUCCAUCCAUAUACGUCUCUACAAUUUAGUCGUUUAGGGGUGUUGUGUCAGGAUGGUCGCUGCAAGGUUUUCGACGAAGAUGCAAAUGGUUACACACGCAGUGAAACCGUCUCUGUAGCAUUUCUACAAAAAGCAAAAAAUGCUAAGAGAAUCUAUGCCACGAUUAUUCAUGCGAAAACGAAUUGUGAUGGUUAUAAAAAAGAAGGAAUAACAUUUCCUUCUAACAAAAUGCAAAGUACUCUUUUCAAAGAAUUCUACAAAGAAUGCGGUGUAUCAACAGUUUGUAUUCCUUACAUUGAAGCUCAUGGCACCGGAACGAAAGUCGGUGAUCCUGAAGAAUUGGAAGCCAUAGAUCGCAUUUUCACUAAAAAUAGAGCUAAUCUUCUUAAAAUUGGUUCCGUUAAAUCUAACGUAGGGCAUACUGAAGGAGUCAGUGGAAUUAUUUCCAUUGUUAAGGCUAUAAUAUCGAUGGAAUCAGGCCUAAUACCGCCAAAUAUUAACUUUAAUAGACCACGCAAAGAAAUAAAAGCUCUUUUAGAAGGACGAAUCGAAGUUGUUACCCAACCAACUCCAUUAGAUGGUGAAUACAUAGGUGUUAAUUCUUUCGGCUUCGGUGGUGCUAAUGCUCACGUUUUACUCAAAUCAAAUCCGAAAAUAAAGAUCAAUAAUGGAUUGCCAAAUGAUGAUUUGCCUAGACUCAUAGCUGUUUCCGGACGUACCGCAGAAGCAGUAGAAACCAUUUUAAAUGAGAUCGAUAACCGACCGGUAGACGUCGAAUUUAUUCGUCUUCUUCAUGAUAUUUAUCAUAAAACAAUACCAAAUCAUUCAUAUCGAGGAUACACGAUAACUGAUGUUAAACCAUCUGAUACGAAAAUAAGGGAGAUUGAACAUUUUUCUGGUACGAAGAAGCCAAUAUGUUUCGUUUUUUCUGGAAUGGAUUCGCAGUGGCCAGAGAUAGGUCAAGCUCUAUUGAAAUUCCCUAUAUUUGCUAAAGCAAUAGAGAAAUGCGAUGCUGUGUUAAAACUGCAUGAACUUCAUAUUUAUGAGAUUUUAACUAAACCAAACAAUGGCAUGUUAGACAAUAUUUUGCACUCUUUUGUCGGUAUUGCUGCUGUUCAGAUUGGCUUAGUAGACCUUUUAGCUUCAGUAGGAGUACUACCAGACUACAUAAUCGGAUAUUCUGUGGGGGAACUUGGAUGUGCAUACGCAGACGGAAGUUUCACAAUGGAGGAAACGAUAUUGGCAGCGUAUUUGCAAGGAAAAUCCGUUAUAGAAACAAAAAUACCUCAUUGUUCUGUGGCCAUGGUACGGCUUGGUUAUAAAGAUAUAAAAAAUUUGUGUCCUGAUGAUAUCGAUGUCGCGUGUCAUAAUGGACCUGAAAGUUCAACAAUUAUCGGACCGACUGAAUCUAUAAAAGUAUUUGUUGAAAAACUGCAGACAAACAAAAUUUUUGCGAAAGUGGUAUCAGGGGAAAAAAUACCAUAUCAUAGCCGUUACAUGGCUACAGUCAAAAUCAAUCUCUUGGCAAAUUUAAAGAAAAUGAUAUCAGUAGGAAAGCGUCGAAGUCAAAAGUGGUUGAGUACAUCAGUUCCAUGCAAGGAAUGGUCGACUUCAAGUGCACAAUUCUCGUCGGCCGAGUAUUUUACAAAUAAUUUGUUAAAACCUGUACUUUUUGAGGAAACCUCGGUCUUCAUCCCUGACAAUGUCGUUAUUAUUGAAAUUGCGCCCAGCAGCCAACUACAUGAGAUUUUAAACAAAUCAUUGCUAACAAGAGUAACGAAUAUUGCAUUAAAUCCGCGAGGUUAUAAAGAUAACGUAAAAGUUUUUCUUCAAGGAUUAGGGAAAUUGUAUAAUGCUGGCUUACAGUUUGAUCUUGCUAAACUAUACCCAUCUAUAGAAUAUCCCGUAAGUCGAGGAACUCCAAUGAUAUCCCCACUUAUUCGGUGGGAACAUUCAAACGAUUGGUUCACAACACAUUUCAAAAAGCAGGAGGUACUUACUUCCGGAGAACGAAUAGUAUCAAUAGCGAUUACCGAUGAAAAUUUCGCAUACAUAAAGGGUCAUAUAAUUGAUGGCAGAAACUUGUUUCCUGCAACAGGAUAUUUAUGUUUGGUUUGGGAAACAUUAGGAAUGACGAUGGGAGAAUUUUAUACAGAAACGUCCGUAGUCAUGGAAAAUAUAAAAUUUAAUCGAGCGACGACUGUUCCCAAAGAGGGCAAACUUGAAAUGAUUGUUAUGAUUCAGAAAGGUAGCGGUAAAUUCGAAGUGAUCGAAGGAGGUGUUGCUAUUGUUACCGGAAAGAUUCAUCUUCUAACGAACUUAUCGAAAGAGAAAAUACCCCUUGAUAUGAUUAAGAGAAAUGUUGAUAACGAAAAAGAAGAAUUAAAUGAAAAAGAUAUCUAUAAAGAAUUAAAGUUACGUGGUUAUCAAUAUAGCGGUCUUUUCCGAAGCAUAUAUAGUACGUCUGUUUCGAGAAGGAAAGGACAUAUUGAAUGGAAGAAGAAUUGGGUAGCGUUCAUAGAUAACAUGUUACAGAUAAAAAUCAUAAAUACAGACACUAGAGAUCUAUAUGUGCCGAUUGGAAUUCGAAAAUUAGUAAUAGAUAUUAAUGCUCAUCAAAAAUAUCUUCAAAGCUUGACUAGUGAUGAAAAAUAUAUACCUGCACAAUAUUUCAAAAAUAUUGAUAUUAUUGUAGCGGGGGGUGUAGAAAUGCAUAAAAUUAGAAUAAGUGAGAUUUCUCGGAAAAAACCUAUUAAUGAUCCAAUUAUCGAAGAGUAUAAAUUCACUGCUUAUCGUGACAUAAAGGAAAUUUCAUUACGAGAAAUAUUAACGUUAUCCAUACAUAUUACUCUUGAAAAUAUACCAAUAAUUAAGAUGAAGACAAUCGAACUCGUUGAGGAUAAGGACAAUAACCCAGCGAACAUACUCGUUUCUCCACUGAUUUUAGACAUUUUAAAUAAUUUGCCUUUGGUAGAAGCCAAGGUUAAUGUAUUCGCAUCGAAAAACAAAUUCGAAAAUAUUCCUGAAGGUGUCAUUGUUUCAGAAACAAAUAUGAUAGAAACGGGUGACACAGCAUCAUUCGCUGUUGGAUAUGGAUUGUUGACAAAUGGAGAAAAGGACAGCUUGAAAAUACUUCUAAAAUCUACGAAAGAUGGUGGUUUCCUUCUAUCUCGUGAAAAAAGAAAUACCUCAUUAAACUUAUCCAUUUUACAAAAAUAUCACUUACGUAUAGUUUUAGAGAAAUGUACCUCCGAGGAAUCUUGGAUAUUAUUAAAAAAGACAAAUAAAAUUCCGGAAAACACUAUGAUUAUAAAUGUUAAUAGUAAUGAAUUUAAUUGGUUGCAUCAAGUGCAAACUAUACAGGUCAGGAAUGAAGAACAGAAUAUUAGGAACACGAGAGUCAUACUUGUUGAAGAAGGAAACUUUGAAUCUGGUCUCUUAGGAUUCAUUAAUUGCUUAAAGAAAGAAUCUGCUGGAAAUAUCUUUCGAAUUGUUUUAAUUCAAGAUCUUAAAGCCCCAAAAUUUUCUUUGAAACUACCACUUUACUCAGAACAACUCAAAACGGAUCUUGUUAUUAAUAUUUUACGACCAGGGAAUGUUUGGGGAUCAUAUAGGCAUCAGCUACUUCUGCCUUGCAAGUCCAAACUUACCUAUCACGCUAUUAUUAGUCAGUUGUCACGUGGAGAUUUAAGUACAAUACGUUGGAUUGAAGGGCCAAUUAGGGAGGACUAUCAAAAGGAAGAUCUUGUUCGAAUUCAUUAUGCAUCAUUAAAUUUUAAAGACGUGAUGUUGUCUACGGGUAAAAUAUCAGCAAAUGUAACGGAACAAAACAGAAAAGAUUGCUUACUUGGAUUUGAAUACAGCGGAAUCACUAUGAAUGGUCGUCGUAUUAUGGGAGUUAACCUCAACAGAUGUCUGUCAAAUUUUUGUCAGUUGGACGAAACUUUUUCUUGGACUAUACCUGAAAAUUGGAGUUUAGAAGAUGCAGCAACAGUACCGUGUAUAUAUUGCACAUGCAUAUCUGCACUUUACAUUAAUGCAGGAAUGCAGAAAGGUGAUAAAAUACUUAUCCAUGCUGGUUCUGGUGGUAUUGGCCAAGCCGCGAUUAACUUAGCCCUUCGGGAAGGCUGUAUAGUAUUUACAACGGUCGGUACACCAGAAAAACGUAAAUUUAUUAAAGAAACAUUUCCUAGUAUCGAUGAUAAUCACAUUGGAAAUUCCCGAGAUACUAGCUUUGAAAAAAUGGUUUUGCAACAAACCAAUGGUGCAGGUGUAGACAUUGUUCUAAAUUCUUUAGCAGAAGAUAAACUUCAAGCGAGUCUACGUUGUUUAGCCUAUAGAGGUAGAUUUUUAGAAAUUGGACAAUUUGACUUAGCCGCAAAUAAUGAAUUAAGCACCAAAAUCUUUAUGAAGGGUAUCAGUUUUCAUGGUGUGAUGUUAGAUAAGGUUAUUAACACAAAUGACGAAAUUAAGAACGAAAUUAGUUCAAUAUUCAACAAACUUAUUAAAGAAAAUGCUAUCAAACCGAUUAUUAGGACAGUUUUCGGCAAAGAUCAAAUAGAGACAGCACUUAGAUUUAUGGCAGCUGGAAAGCAUAUGGGAAAAGUACUCAUAAAGAUCCGUCAAGAGAAUGAACCACUGAAUACACCCAUUUUGGCUGAACCUUCUUAUACAUGUAUUCGGAAUAAAAGUUAUAUAGUUCUUGGUGGAUUGGGAGGUUUUGGUUUGGAAUUAAUCGAUUGGUUGAUUCUUCGAAAUGCUCAAAAUAUUGUCAUUACUUCGCGGAACGGCGUAAAGAAUGGUUAUCAAUCCAUGAGAAUCAAAAUAUGGGAAUCAUACGGCGUGAAUAUCAAGAUUCUGGUUGGUCUUGAUGCGGCUAAACAAGAAGACUGCGAGCUUAUCGUGAAAAACGCGAUAGAUCAAGGUCCAGUCGAUGGUAUAUUCAAUCUCGCGGUUUCUUUGAAAGAUAGUAUUUGUAGAAACCAAACGCUGGAGACUUUUAAAGAAUCUUUCAAAGGAAAAGCAUGGGCCACGAAAUGUUUGGACGAGGUGACCAGAAAGCUUUGUCCAGAUCUUCGACACUUCGUAGUUUUUUCUUCUGUCUCGUGCGGAAGAGGAAAUGCCGGACAAACGAAUUACGGUAUGGCUAAUUCCAUUAUGGAAAGAAUAUGUGAGAAAAGAGUAGAAGAAGGUUUGCCUGGAUUAGCUAUACAAUGGGGAGCGAUUGGAGAUGUUGGUCUAGUUGCUGACAUGCAGUAUGAAGAUAAAGAACUUGUUAUCGGUGGUACCUUACAGCAAAAAAUAUCAUCAUGUUUACAAGAACUGAAUAGAUUUUUGGUACAGGAUAAAUCUGUAGUUGCAAGUAUGGUAGUUGCUGAAAAACGAAGAAAUGACGUUGAGAAUAAUGUUGUAGAUACUAUUAUAAACAUUAUGGGUAUUAAAAACUUGAAGAAUAUCAAUCUACACACUUCCUUGGCUGAUCUUGGAAUGGAUUCUAUGAUGGCGGUAGAAAUAAAACAGACAUUAGAGCGUGAAUAUGAAAUAUAUCUCACCCCUUCAGAUAUUCGAAACUUAAAUUUCUUUAAAUUCAUGGAAAUGAGUAAUAAACCGAGAGAUAAUUGUAAUAAUAAUGAAAAUGAUAUAAAAGGAUUAUUAUCUGGUACAAAGAUGUUGCUGCAAAUGUUCGAUGAAAUACUUUCUGCCAAAGUUACUAUUCCGCUUAAGACUAAUCCAGAAGAGGGUCGGAACGAAAUAUUCUUUCUUCCAGGAAUCGAAGGUUAUGGUGGCGUUUUCAAAACAUUAGAAUCAAAAAUUAAAUCACCUGCAACUUGUUUUCAAUUAGCUGCGAAUUAUGAAUUAAAAACUGUUGAAGCUAUGGCCAAUUUAUUUUUACCGCAUUUAUUAGAUAAACUUAAGGGUCGAAGUAAUUUCACGUUAGUGGGUUAUUCAUUUGGAUCACUUGUAGCUAUUGAACUCACACGAAACUUAGAAGCCAAAGGUUUUAUUGGUCAACUAAUAUUGAUAGACGGUGCUCCUCAAUAUUUAAAAACACUUAUGCAACAGCAAUUGCAUUCGUCAUCGCAAGAAGAACUAGAAAACAACAUUCUAUUUAGUAUAUUGAAUCCAUUUAUAGCUGUUAACAGGGCAGAGCUUGAAUUUAAAUUAAGAAAAUGUAAUACGUGGGAUGAGAAAGUAAAUAUAUUUCUUAAUUUUAUAUCUCUCGAAAAUCAAGAGUUAUUUUCGAAAGGGAAUCAAAAAGACGCUAUUCUCUCACUUUAUGUGAGAUUGCAAGCAGUUAUGGCAUAUAACCCAGAACCAAUGCCAUAUAUAAGAACACCAAUUACAUUGUUCAAACCAUUGUUACCGUCUGUACUAAAUGUACCGUAUGAUUAUGAACUGCAGAGUUUAACUGAAAACAAAGUGGAAAUACACGUUGUUGACGGCGAUCAUAUCACGAUGUUAGAAGAUAUGAAAAUUGCAAUGGCAAUUAAUAAUGAACUGUUAACGGUUGCUACAACAUUUAAGGAAAAUAUAAAGAACGAAAAUUAAUACGUCAUUGGUGAUCUAUAUGAGUUUGUUGAUAAGUGUUCGACAAAAAUAUGCAAUAACAACUUUAUCUUACAGAUUCAUUUGGAAUAUUAAAAUAAAAAGUACCUAAGGAAACUUUGUUUCACAUCUACGGAAUAUUUGAAAAGUAUAGCAGAUAAUUGUUAUCUAAAUUGUAAGAUUGUUAUAUAAAUAUAAAAAAUGGUCUUUUGUA